AUGUCCAACAGCCUGUUCCAGCACGCGGACAUGUCCAACAACCUGUUCCAGCACGCUGAAAUCUGGAUGAAAAAGAGUCCGUCUGCACGCGCUCAGUCGCUCUACGCUCUGGCGAAGGGCCUGGAGGCAAAGAGGCGGGACUUAGCUGUGUCCAUCAAUGCUCAGACCGGACUCUCAUUGGACGAGGCUGAUAAGGAGGUGGAGCUGAGCAUCGCCCGGCUCAGCGAUUGGGCGGCUUACUGCGACAAAGUCCGAGGAGGAACUCCGUCUCUGCCUCAGACCGGCUCGGCUCUCUCCUUACCUGAAGCGCUGGGGGUCGUUGGGGUCGUCCUCCCCGACAGGUGUCCCCUCCUCUCUGUGGUAACACUUCUCGGGGCGGCUGUCGCCACGGGCAACGCUGUCGUUAUGGUCCCCAGUGAGAAGUUUCCACUGCCUGCCCUGGCUUUCAUUCAG